GAUCCGAUAAUUCUCCUCAAAAAGAACCUCGGAGGAAAGGAAAAGGAAGAAAAAGAGCUGAUAGAGUUGAGAGAGUAUGGGACACGGGAGCUCAAAGGACGGCGGCAGCGGCUCUUCUUCCGAUGAUGAUGCGGACGCUAAAUCCUCGCCCUCUCACAUCUCUCGUUUGAAGGAGAGAUUGCAUCGUCACCGCCUUCGUCUCCGCCGUAGACGCGGUUCUUCAUAUUCUCAGAACAAACUCCUGGCUGCUGAGGAUUUCGCUGGCAUUGCUCAUCUUACUCUUAUUAACGCGGAGAUGAAGUUUAAGGACAAGUGGCAGGCAUGUAUUUCGUUUGGGGAGCAAACGUUUAGAACAAAUGUUUCUAAUGAAACAGACAAGCCUAUCUGGAAUUGUGAAAGGAAACUUCUUUUGGAGAAAAAUGGACCUCGUCUUGCCAGAAUCUCAGUAUUUGAGAUGAACAGAUUGUCAAAAAGUAAUCUCAUAGGGUACUGUGAGAUCAAUCUACUUGACUAUCUAACGCAGGAUUCAGAUUCUGACUUCGGUACAUUCAACCUGAUUGAUCCUGGAUUAUCAAACAUGGUUGUUGGCAGUGUUUGCAUUUCCUGCAAUGUUGAGGAUCCAAUUGAAACAGAGAAAAAGUUUGCAAGACGAAUCUUAUCGAUUGUGGACUAUGAUGAAGAUGGAAAGCUUUCAUUCUCGGAGUUCUCUGAGUUAAUUAAUGCUUUUGGCAAUAAAGUGGCAGCUAGCAAGGUUUGAGCUGAUGUGGUUUAUUUGCAUCUGAUUGUUCUCUAUGAAACUUUCCCUUCCUAAAUCCAUAUGAUA